CCUCCUCUUCCGCCGUCGUCUCGACUCUCUGACCUUUUUUCCCUUCCUCACAUCACAAGUCUCUCUCCCUUUUCUUCCAAUUUCUCUCUUCUCUCCUAUCAAACAACCCAGAAGAAGCCCGAAUUGUAGCAGCGAAAGAACUGCCACAUUUCGUCGAGAAGUCAUACUCUCAAAGAAUUACGACCGUUACGCCCGAGAUACCCACAUCAUCCACAAUGUCUAACCCCGAGACCUUCGAGUUUCAGGCCGAGAUCUCUCAGCUCCUGUCUCUCAUUAUCAACACCGUCUACUCAAACAAGGAGAUCUUCCUGCGUGAACUUGUCUCCAACGCCUCCGAUGCCUUGGACAAGAUCCGUUAUGAGUCUCUCUCCGACCCCAGCAAGCUCGACUCGGGCAAGGACCUGAGAAUCGACAUCAUCCCCGACAAGGAGAACAAGACCCUCACCAUCCGUGACACCGGUAUUGGUUUCACCAAGGCUGACCUCGUCAACAACCUUGGUACCAUUGCCCGCUCCGGCACUAAGCAGUUCAUGGAGGCCCUCACCGCUGGCGCCGACAUUUCCAUGAUCGGUCAGUUCGGUGUUGGUUUCUACUCUGCCUACCUUGUCGCCGACAAGGUCACCGUCAUCUCCAAGCACAACGAUGACGAGCAGUACGUCUGGGAGUCCUCUGCCGGUGGCACCUUCUCCAUCACCCCCGACACCGAGGGUGAGCCUCUCGGCCGCGGCACCAAGAUCAUCCUCCACCUGAAGGAUGAGCAGACCGACUACCUCAACGAGGCCAAGAUCAAGGAGGUCAUCAAGAAGCACUCCGAGUUCAUCUCGUACCCCAUCUACCUCCACGUCACCAAGGAGACUGAGAAGGAGGUCCCUGAUGAGGAGGCCGAGGCCACCGAGACCACCGAGGACGACGACAAGAAGCCCAAGAUCGAGGAGGUCGACGACGAGGAGGAGGACAAGGAGAAGAAGCCCAAGACCAAGAAGGUCAAGGAGACCUCUAUCGAGGAGGAGGAGUUGAACAAGCAGAAGCCCAUCUGGACCCGCAACCCCCAGGACAUCAACCAGGAGGAGUACGCUUCCUUCUACAAGUCCCUCUCCAACGACUGGGAGGACCACCUCGCCGUCAAGCAUUUCUCUGUUGAGGGUCAGCUUGAGUUCCGCGCCAUCCUCUUCGUCCCCAAGCGCGCUCCCUUCGACCUGUUCGAGACCAAGAAGACCAAGAACAACAUCAAGCUCUACGUCCGCCGCGUCUUCAUCACCGAUGAUGCCACCGACCUCAUCCCUGAGUGGCUCAGCUUCGUCAAGGGUGUCGUCGACUCUGAGGACCUUCCCCUCAACCUGUCUCGUGAAACUCUUCAGCAGAACAAGAUCAUGAAGGUUAUCAAGAAGAACAUUGUCAAGAAGGCUCUCGAGCUCUUCCAGGAGAUCGCUGAGGACAAGGAGCAGUUUGACAAGUUCUACUCUGCCUUCUCCAAGAACCUCAAGCUCGGCAUCCACGAGGACUCCCAGAACCGUAACAUUCUCGCCAAGCUCCUCCGCUUCAACUCCACCAAGUCUGGCGAUGAGCUCACCUCCCUCACCGACUACGUCACUCGCAUGCCCGAGGUCCAGAAGAACAUCUACUACAUCACCGGCGAGUCCAUCAAGGCUGUCACCAAGUCUCCCUUCCUUGACUCCCUCAAGGACAAGAACUUCGAGGUCCUCUACCUCGUCGACCCCAUCGACGAGUACGCCAUGACUCAGCUCAAGGAGUUUGAGGGCAAGAAGCUUGUCGACAUCACCAAGGACUUCGAGCUCGAGGAGACCGAGGAGGAGAAGGUCCAGCGCGAGAAGGAGGAGAAGGAGUUCGAGAGCCUUGCCAAGAGCCUCAAGAACGUCCUCGGCGACAAGGUCGAGAAGGUUGUCGUUUCCCACAAGCUCGUUGGCGCCCCCUGCGCCAUCCGCACUGGCCAGUUCGGUUGGUCCGCCAACAUGGAGCGUAUCAUGAAGGCCCAGGCUCUCCGUGACACCUCCAUGUCCUCGUACAUGUCUUCCAAGAAGACGUUCGAGAUCUCCCCCAAGAGCACCAUCAUCAAGGAGCUCAAGAGCAAGGUCGAGACCGACGGCGAGAACGACCGUACCGUCAAGUCUAUUGUCCAGCUCCUGUUCGAGACCUCCCUUUUGGUCUCUGGCUUCACCAUUGAGGAGCCCGCCAGCUUUGCCGAGCGCAUCCACAAGCUUGUCCAGCUCGGCCUGAACAUUGAUGAGGAGGAGGAGAAGACCGAGAGCGCGCCCACCGCCGACACGUCCGCUGUUGAGACCGGCGACAGCGCCAUGGAGGAGGUUGACUAAAUGAUCUUUGGGGUGGAAAACGGGAUACCAGAGAAAAGUUCAUUGGAGUUGGACGGUUUUCGGUUUUAAUUGCGACUUCGAAAUGAUUUUCAUAAUUCCCUUCCCAUACCUAGACGUAUGGGUGUAUUCUAGCUAGCCCGUCAUUCAUGAUCAUGAGACAGAUGAGGUAGACGCUGAAUUGGAACGUUAAGACAAACAUUUGUGUUAGCGAU